AUCAGAGUCACAGAGGGUGCAAUACGAAAGUAAAUAUGCAGUUGUGACUCAGUCACUAACAAACCUUCGUGGAGGUUUUGUUGGGAUACGUUCCAAGAUGACAAAAUAAUCCGCAAAUAAUUAAUGAAUCCGCAAAUACAGAAUGGCAUUUUAUGUGCAAUUGUACAGGAUACGUUCCAAGAUGACAAAAUGAUCCGCAAAUGAUCAAUAAAUCCGUAAAUGCGGGAUGGCAUUUUAUAUGGAGUUGCGGGGGAUACGUUCCAAGUAAUAUCAUCCAGCGCGCAGCAACCUCAAAGAACAUGCACCGAAUUAAAGUCUGACACUCUGGACAUCCAAUGUCAAAGAGGAUUUCGCUCGGUGCCCUGCACCAGCCGUAUGCAGCCCGGGACCAGGGCAAACUUGGCGUGCAAACCAGGAUUCCAGUUGCACAAAGAACCAGAGUUCUCGCAAAUUAAUUGCGGAAAUGAUGGGAUUUGGGAUAAUUGUCUGUUUUCUUGCGAACCAGAAUGUGGUAAUCCAACACCGAUUGAAACUGUUUUUAAUUCGGACCCACCUGUAACAUACUUAGCAGGUCAAUAUCCAUGGUAUGCAAUGUUGUUCACCCGAAGGGAAGAUUUAUUCAAAGGACAAUUUCUAUUCAGUUGUGGGGGCUCAAUUAUCAACUCACGAAUGAUAGUUACAACUGCUUAUUGCGCUCAUAAGCCAGAAAUCGAUUUGGAUGAUCAGAGAGUUGUUGUGGGAUCUAGUGUAUUUCGGUUUAAUAAAACAGAGGAUAUUUAUGCUCAGCAUUACGAAAUAGAAAAAGUCAUCGUUCCUAAAGGAUUUGAUAUUAAAAAAGAAGGCAAUCCAAAUAAUAUAGCAAUUAUUCUAGUUAAAGGAAAGUUCACCUUCAGUGAUAUAAUUAAGCCGAUUUGUUUAGAAAGACAUUUUAAUGGACCCAUAGAAGAGCCAGAAGGAGAAAUAGGAUACGUACCAGGAUAUAGUACUGAUAGACAAACUCUUGAUACUGUACGAUUUGUGUAUAAUGUAUCAUUGGCAUAUAUUUCCAAUACAAGUUGCAGAAAUUUUGAAUAUCCCUUUAAAAGAUUUUAUCAAUCUUAUGAUAAAUUCUGUGCAGGAAACCUAAGUUUUGGAUAUGAAAUACCAUUUGGAUUUUUGGGUGGUGGAUAUUUUGUUCCUGACUACAAGUCGUUUGAACCCGUGUACUUUUUAAAAGGAGUCGCUUCCGCCUAUGGUAGAUCCGUCAACUUUUUUGGCAUAACUGAUAUAAAGAUACAUCUACCGUGGAUUUUAGUGCAAGAGAAAAAUCAUCUCCAACAAAAUGAAAAGCUUCCUGAAUUUUGUGGUCCAGCAUUCCGAGCCAACGCAUCUGCGCUAUUGACAAGUUCUGUUCAUUGUAAACUGCCUGCAAAACCAAAUAAUGGGCGAUAUUUUGUCGGAGGACAGAGUUCUGAUCCCGAACCAGGAACUCCAAUUGGUGAAUGGUCUGUUCUUAAAUAUAAAUGUGAUCCUGGUUAUUCUUUGAGUGGCAGUGAAACCAUAUUUUGCGUAGGGGGUUCUUGGAGUUCUAUACCAUUAUGUCGAAAAAUGUGUAAGCCGCUUACUUCAACUAGUGUGGACAUAUAUUGCACAAACAAGAAUGAAGAAGUGCCAUGUGAAAAUCCAAUGCCGGCAGGAACCACGGCAGAUUUAACUUGUAAAAAAGGAUACACACUUUACUAUGCACCUGACAAUACUAGAAUAACUUGUGAUAUUGAUGGAACUUGGAAUUCCAGUCCCUUUAAAUGCACGCCAGAAUGUGGUCUUGCUACUCCAAAAGGCCAUGGUUUGGUCAUAGGCGGGCAAAAAGUUAAAGUUGGCGAUUUUCCUUGGCAUGCAGGAAUUUAUGAAAAAAAUGAAACAAAUUAUAAAUACAAUAAACAAAUAUGCGGUGGAUCCAUAAUCAAUGCAAAAACGAUUAUAUCUGCUGCUCAUUGCUUCUAUCCGACUGGUGGUACGGAACCUUAUGACAAAUCAAGAUUUGUCGUGGCCGUGGGAAAGAUUUACAGAGGUUGGUUUGACGAUCGUGAUGUGUUUGCUCAACGCAAUAAUAUAGACCAGCUUCUCAUACCCCCUACUUAUGACGAUUUGAUUGGAAACUACGCUCAAGAUAUUGCUCUAAUUAUCACGCAAUUCUCGAUGACGUUUUCUCCAUUUGUACGACCCAUUUGUAUACAAUGGACAUUCAGGGGACAGGAGGAAGAGUUGAGGCCGAACACACCUGGAAUUGUAUCCGGCUGGGGUUUGACGACUGAGAAUGGUGAGCCAAGUGAAGAACUCAAAUCCAUAACUCUUCCAAGUGUUCCCCGAUACGCAUGCCGCGAGAAUUUUCCGGCCGAUUUCCGUCCAUAUUUGACGCCCGGAAAAUUCUGUGCAGGAUAUCAGAACGGUAGCAGCGUCUGUCAAGGGGACAGCGGCGGCGGCCUUUGUUUUCCUCGGGCAUUGGACCAAAAUACAACCGUAUACUUUCUCAGGGGCGUUGUUUCCGUAGGGCCAACUCGGGAUGGAUCAUGCGACUCUAACCAAUAUACUGUUUUCACCAGCGUCCUGGCGAAUUUGGAAUGGCUCAAGACUCACAGAGCCCAUUUAAGCGUUUAAUUAAGGUGAUCAUACGUUCCAAUAAUUGUACUGGAUUGAGAUCUUUUAUGCCUGAUUGUCUGUUUUUCAAAAAUUAAUAAGCAAAUUAACAAAAAUUAUGCCAACAUACGAACUAGUACUAAUAAUUUCAAAUUAUGAAGAAAAUUGAAUAACAUUUUAUAGAAGGCUGA